AUGGAUUGGGACGGGUCGCCAAUCACGGACCCAGGAUGGGGUGAUGUCGAAGCUUGGAAUGCUGUUGAAUAUACCCAAGUCGAGAAACCCGGAUUGAUUUGUGAAGUCAAGGAUGCCUUUGCCAAAUUCGACUACAAUGGUAAUUUCGUCAAAUGGCUUGACGAGAUGCCCUACGGCGAGGUGCAGAAGGAGAUCCGUGAAAUCAAGCGAGUUCGCGGUAAAUAUGCUGUUGUUUGUGGCCGCUUCCCAACCAAGGACAGUACUUGGGAGGUCCGAACCAUCUGGAUCAAUAACCCCGCCCUGCAGGCCGUUCUCUACGAUGUCUUCAGAGGCUAUCCUGAUGUGAGUUGUGGCGGUGAGGUUCUUGAAUUCAAGGCACCAUUUGUUCCUCUCAUUCAUCGCUGGGAGCAACUAUGCAAGCUGGCAGGCGUCAACGCCGGUUCUGAGAUCCAGAAGCUCAUGAAACUCUUUGUGGAUAUGCUCAAGAAUGAGCUACGAGACACUCUCAGCCGAGUCAAGAGAAUCAAGGAGACUGGGUGCGCUUCUUGGGAAGACCUCAAGUUUGUCUUCAAGCCUGCCCAGCUCUUCUUCCGCUCCGAAGCCCCAAUAGCCGCGGGGAUUUCCCGAAAAUAUGGAGGUGGUCAUCUUUCAGUGCACCAAAUUGCGUGGACUGGUUCAGAUUAUUCUACUGUCAAGUCCACAUUCGUGGUCCCUGCCUUCCACGGCACCCGGCCGCUCUCUGACCUCAUCGUCAGGCCGGUCUGGGCCUGUCCUGAGAAUGAUAUCAAGGCUUUGAAAGCUGCCCUCAUCAGACGUGGGCCUAGACUAACAUUCUUGUCGAAAAAUGAGUGGGGAAACCAGGAACGCAUCAUUCCCAAGGAACCCCGUCUUCCGAUUCAACCGACAGAGGGACGAGUUAUCGUUGAUGCGGACGGUUGUAAUGAUGACUGGUCUCGCUAUGUAGGACCCCUGUACGAGCUGAAUCUCCACAGCGCAAUGAAGGCGGAUGGGAACGACUCGAAGGCGUCUACUCCUGACGACCACCAAGAAUCUCAGGAAGCCAGUGAUCCAAAGAGCGAAGAAGGAGAUGACUCUGACCGCCUUACGGAUGAGGAGGCCAUGUUGACUGUCUCAACUGUGAACUGUUUCUCGAUCGAACGAAAGGUGUGGUGCUAUGCCGAAAUCGACCAUCUCACCGACAUUGAAUGGACCACUGAGGCCAUCAAUAGCCUCGUCAUCGAUGAAGCAGAGAAGAGACUCUUAGUUGGAUUUGUUGGCGUAACAAAGAACGGACAGUUGCAGCAUUUCGACGACUUUGUCCACGGAAAGGGAAAAGGUCUUGUCAUGCUCUUGUGUGGUCCCCCCGGUACGGGAAAGACAUUCACUGCAGAAUCGGUCUCCGAGAAUCUGAAACGCCCCCUCUACCGCAUUGAUACUUCGGACCUUGGGAUGGAUACCUCCAAACUGGAGUGCAAUCUCAAGACUGCUCUUGACCGCUGUGCCCGCUGGGAUGCCAUCCUCUUACUUGAUGAGGCCGACGUAUUCCUUGAAAAGCGCACCAGCAGCAACCUCACGCAGAACGAGAUGACCACCAUUUUCCUUCGCCUCCUGGAAUACUACAAGGGUCUCAUGAUUCUGACCACCAACCGCUACCCUGCCAUCGAUCCCGCGUUCGAGUCACGUAUCGACCUUUCGUUCGUCUUCCAGGAUCUGGAGCCAGCCUCCCGGGCCAAGAUCUGGUACAACUUCCUCAUCAGAGAGAACAAGAAGUUGGCUGAAGACAGUAAUGCGAUUGCGAAACUGGCCAGCAUGCCUCUGAAUGGCCGACAGAUCAAGAGCGCCGUCAAGACAGCACAAAUCCUCGCUGCCAGCGAGAACUUGUCUCUUGCAGUUGAUCAUCUGCAGACGGUUGUUUUCAUGCGAAUGAAAGCAUUGAAGAUGCUGGAGUAGGUCGGGCGACUGAAAAGGUCUGGCAUUCGAAGCAUGAGGAUAAUCCUUCAACUCGGACACAAUCAUCAUGACGACCGCUUUCAAUGGCCGAUGAAAUUUUUGGUGGCAUCUGUAUCAAGGCAGUAUGAACUUGAGGUGAUGAAUGGAAGACAUUUCUCACGAUGGUGAAUAGGUAAAGGCAACUUGACAAAGG